AUGACUGUUGCGUCCGGGUCUGACUGUCCUUGGGUAGACAGGCAAUGUCCUCGUUGCCCAGAGUAUCGUGCUCUCCGGCCUGACGUCGGCGCACAACAAAAGCACUCCUUCGUGAGACCCGGGGCCUCCUGGGCCACACGCCCAGCAAUUGGACGAAGCAUUUGCGCUGCUGCCUACCUCCUCGCCAAGCCGAGCCAUGACGCAACCGACGUCAUCGUCGAUCUUCCGGAUCCAGAUCUUGCGCCUCGUGGAGAUCCCCAUCCCCACCGGCACCGAGAUCCUCUGGGCCCUGCAUGCAUCUCCGUCGAUCUGGGGCCGGCCGCGAGCCAUCGCGACACCUUCAGCAUGAGCAUCAGCAACACCGACAGCCAAGUCCAGCGGAAUCCACUACGCAGCAUCUGUCCGGGCCCUGCAUGUGAUUCUGGACACGACCCUGUUUACCCUAGCGCUACUGGUGAAAGAUCCGAUCUACCAGGGAAGGCAGUCCAUGCCAUGGUCGGAAUGCCAGUGCAAGCCGAGGAGACAGGGGGACCGAGAGGCCAAGUUUGUGGUUUGGGUGGAGCGUGGUCUGGUGCAUUUUGUGUUCCUACUACAGCACCUGUGGCUGGGACGCAGCAUGUAUGA